AUGGCGGACGCCGAGCCGAGCGCGUACGGCGCCGAGACGUUCGCCGAGGGGCACUGGUACCACGAACUCCUCGAGGAUGGGCUCGCGCUGAGCUAUCGGGUCGAGGAGGUGCUGUAUCAGGGGACGUCGAAGUUUCAAGAGGUCGAGGUCGUGCGGACGGUGCCGUUCGGGUCGCUUCUCAUCACGGAUGGGUUGAUGCAGUCGAGCGAGCACGACGAGUACGUGUAUCACGAGUCGCUGGCGCAUCCGGCGCUGGUGGCGCACGCGAACCCGAAGCGGGUGUUCAUCGGUGGCGGUGGCGAGGGAGCGACGCUGCGCGAGGUGUUGAGGCACGAGAGCGUGGAGGAGUGCGUGAUGGUGGACAUCGACGGCGACGUGGUGAACAUGUGCCGAGAGCACACGCCGUUUUACAGCGCGGGGGCGUACGGGGAUAAACGAACGCGUUUGAUCAUCGGCGACGCGAAGGAAGGAUUGGCGAACGAGCCCGAUGGGAGCUUUGACGUGAUCAUCAUGGAUUUGAGCGACCCGCUCGAUGGGGGGCCGUGCUAUCAACUGUACACGACGGAUUUCUAUCGAUUGCUGAGCAAGAAGCUCGCGCCGGGAGGAAUCUUCGUCACGCAGAGCGGAUGCGCGUCCGUGCGCGAUGCGCAUCACGUCUUCUCACCGAUUCAUCACACUCUGACGCAAGUGUUCCCGAAAGUUUACGGUUACACCAUGUGCGUGCCGUCGUUCACGUCAGAGUGGGGUUUCAAUCUCGCCGUAAACGACACGAGCAUCGACUUGAGCGGCGUCGACGCGGACGAGACUUUGAAAAAGCGUGGAUUAGAGAUGAAGUUUUACGACACCGUGUCGCACAGGCGCAUGUUUGCGCUGCCCAAGCCGCUGCGCACGCUCAUCGAUAACGAAAAGCGCGUGAUGACGGUGGAAAAUCCGCUCUUCAUGUGCUCGACGGAUACUCACGCUGGUAUUUUUGACCAAGAGAGCUAA